ACACGAGAAUAUUUCAUGCUCUAAACGCUAAUUAACUAUAAAACAUUUAUUGCAUUUCCCUUUAGCGUUACGGGCCAUAGUGAUACGUUUAAAUUAUACUGGACAUUGUUCUGUUUUAGUGUUGUGUUCAGUCACUUCGGAUGAUAUUGCGUCGCAUGUACCAUCAUUAAGUAAGAAGGGUGAGCAGUUCGCAGUGUAGGCGAGCCAUGCUGCAGCGUCUGAGAGUCAUAGCUCGCGCGGAUUCCGCGCAGGUCACCUAAAUGCUAUCCUCUCGCGCUUUAGCAGGCGCCGUCAUCAUGCCGGCUCCACUUGCCGUCCAUUUAAUCUUUUUUGCGAUAUUCUGGCUAUGCACGAACGCUGAAGAUACGGUACCAGCUGCGACCCGGCCUAGCAAUGGGUCGGUGGAGCCGCCGGACACUCGCUCCGCCAUCGGUCGAGUGCCACCUUACCAGCCCCCAGCUAUAGGCAUGGCUGGCAUGCAAGUUCCCGGUUUCCGACCACACAGCCCUUAUACACGAGUCGACGCUUGGCAUCCUAAUGGUCGUAUACACGUGAAUCCUAAAGGAUCAUACGUCGUCGCUGAUGAUAUCGAAGACGACGCCGAUGAUGGCGGAUGUCAUAUACCGUGUUCAAAAGAGUUAUUUACAUGUCAGGAGACAUGCAAAUGCAUUCCUAUGGAAAAACGUUGCGAUGGCAAAGUAGACUGCGAGGGAUCUGAAGAUGAAGUAGGAUGCACGCCAUCUUGCGACGAACACGAAAACCGUACGAUAUGCCAUACGACUAGCGUGUGUAUCGCUCUCGAAUGGAUCUGCGAUGGAGAUAACGACUGUGGAGACUUUUCAGAUGAAUCUCAAUGUGGUGGAGACAAUUGUUCAUCGAAUCAGUUCCAGUGCGCCAAUGGACUUUGUAUCCACUCGGACUGGCUCUGCGACGGUGAUAACGACUGCCGAGAUAACUCUGACGAAACAAACUGUCCUAAGCCCAAAUGUCGAGCUAAUCAGUUCACGUGUGCAUCUGGUGAAUGCCUGGCGAUUCAUUGGCGAUGCGACAAAGAAGCAGACUGUCCUGAUAGUUCAGACGAAGCUGACUGUCCUAUGGAUCUUCUCCAAUGUGGCGAAAACGAAAUACAAUGCAAUAACAAGAACUGCGUACGUAAAGAUUUCCAGUGCGAUGGAGACAAUGACUGCGGAGAUUGGACAGAUGAGGACUCCUGUCCCAUUGUACCUGGAAGUUGCAGUGCAACUGAAUUUAGAUGCAAUGAUGGCAAGUGCAUCCCAAACCGCUGGCGCUGCGACUUGGAGCGAGACUGUUCGGAGGGUGACGAUGAGAUCAACUGUGAGCCGCACGGCAUACGUAAUUGCACCACCGAUGAGCACACCUGUGUAGACCGGCGCUGCAUAUCAAAAACCUGGCUCUGUGACGGUGUUUCUGAUUGCUCUAACGGCGAAGACGAAAAAGAUUGUAAAGUGUCUUGUGAAGAGGACCAGUAUAUGUGCACAUCUAUAUUCAAUGACGCGUUCAAGAAUUGCGUUAAUAGAAAACAUGUUUGCGAUGGUAUGAACGAUUGUCCUCAAGGUGAUGAUGAACAGAAAUGCCCUACCAAGAGGCAAUGCGGACCAGAAGACUUGUGUGAGAAACAAUGUAUCACCACGUUCGAUGGUACUCCAAGCUGCGCUUGUCCUAUAGGAUACGUGUUAGAAGCAGAUGGUAUCAGUUGUCGAGAUGUCGACGAGUGUAUGUACGAACAAGACCCAGUUUGCUCGCAGACAUGUUCCAACGUUCCAGGGAGUUUUCAUUGUGGAUGCAUGACAGGUUACGUUCUUAGGCCAGACAAAAGGUCGUGUAAAGCAACUGGGCAGUCACCAACACUUUUGUUUUCUAACCGAGUUGGAAUUCGUCAGGUUUGGCUUACUGGAGAUAACUACAUGUCAAUUUUCAAGGGACUACACAAUGCAGUGGCUUUAGAUUACCAUUAUGAAAAGAAAUUAGUAUUUUGGUCUGAAAAUAAUAUGAAGGUUAUAAGAGUCGCUCAUAUGAAUAGUAACAACAUGUCAGAUGUCAUUCGUUGGGGAUUGGAAGCACCAGGCGGCGUAGCUGUGGACUGGAUUCACAAUCUGUUAUUCUGGACGGACUCUGGCACGAGAAGGGUGGAAGUCGCAACGUUAGACGGAUCCCAAAGAGCUGUGUUAGCUGCUAGCGAUGUUGACAAGCCAAGAGCUAUUGUUGUUCAUCCAGGAGAUGCGAUUUUAUUUUGGACCGAUUGGGGUCCGAAUCCGAAGAUAGAACGUUCAGAUAUGGACGGAAGUAAUAGAAAAACCGUAAUAGUUAAUGAAAUAUUUUGGCCUAAUGGUUUGACCAUUGAUUAUAUGGAUUCUAAGAUAUAUUGGGCAGAUGCUAAGCAUCAUAAUAUAGAGAGAGCUACAUUCGAUGGUCGAGAAAGGAAACGUGUUGCGAGCAAAGGAUUACCACACCCUUUUGCACUAACACUAUUCGAAGACGCGAUAUAUUGGACUGACUGGCAUACGAAGAGUAUAUCAACCGUGAACAAAAAAACUGGUAUGGCAAUGCAAUCUGUUCAUGCAAGUUUGCAUAUGCCUAUGGAUAUUAAAAGCUAUCAUCCAUUACGGCAAAUUCAAACUUACAAGAAUCGAUGUGGCUCUAAUAACGGUGGGUGCACACAUCUGUGCCUUCCCAAUUCUAACGGUUACACCUGUCGAUGUCAUAUUGGUUUCAAUUUAAACAUAGACGGAAGAACUUGUGAAGAAACACCGGAAAAGUUGCUACUCUACGCACGACGUAAGGACAUAAGAUUAAAGCAACUGCAUCCUCGAAAACAAAUGGAUUCGUUGGACAUGGUUAUUCCUGUGCAAAAUAUUAAAUCGGCCGUCGCACUUGACUGGGAUCAUAAUAGCAAUUCAAUAUUUUGGACUGAUGUUGAAAAAGAUACGAUUAAUAGAGCUUAUUUGAACGGAUCUCAACAAAUUAUCGUUAUUGGCUCCAAUUUGAUUUCGCCCGCCGGACUCGCUUAUGAUUGGUUAACCAACAAACUGUAUUGGACUGAUGCCGGUACUAACAGGAUUGAAGUAGCUAAUACUAACGGCACAAUGAGAACUUUGUUGGCUUGGGAAAAUAUUGAUAAGCCCAGAGACAUUGUACUAGACCCUAAAGGGGGCAUCAUGUACUGGUCCGACUGGGGCUCCGAACCUUGUAUUGAACGCGCUGACAUGGAUGGAGGCAACAGAAGAAAGCUUAUCUUCGGUAAUAUGACAUGGCCAAACGGUCUGGCAUUAGAUUUGACCAACAAUCGCAUCUAUUGGACGGAUGGUGGCAACCGAACUAUUGAGUAUGCCAAUCUUGAUGGAACUGGCCGAACUAUUUUAAUCGGACAACAUUUACCGCAUCCAUUUGGACUAGAUCUAUAUGGCGAUGAAGUUUUUUGGACCGAUUGGGAUACGCAAUCUAUUCAAGCGGCAAACAAGUUCACUGGGAAAAAUCGUCGUACACUCGGAGCUGGAGUAGAGGGACUUAUGGAUGUUAGAGUCUUUCACAAGGAAAGACGGGGAGGCGUAAAUAGAUGCAGCAAGAACAACGGUGGAUGCUCUCAUCUGUGUCUUCUAAAACCGGAAGGACGAUCAUGCGCCUGUCCUAUUGGAAUAAGAUUAAGUAAUGAUGGAAGAACAUGCACUAACGGACCGAUCAACUUUUUGAUAUUUGCUCAUCGCGUAGACAUAAGAAUUGUAUCAUUGGACGUGCCAUAUCUAGUUGACGUUGUUCUUCCAUUACCACCGCUGAAGAAUGCACUUGGUGUUGAUGUGGAUCAAAGAACGGGUCUCAUUUAUUGGACUGAUACUGGAGAGAGGAAAAUCAAGUGUGCUAAUAAAGAUGGUAAGGAAAAUGAGACGAUUAUAGAGAGGGGUCUACAUACAGCUGAUGGUAUUGCUAUUGACUCUGCAGGAAGAAAGAUAUAUUGGACUGACGGUGGUCGAAAUAGUAUUGAAGUGGCAGAACUUGAUGGAAUGAAUAGAAAAGUUCUUGUCUGGACUGGAUUAGAUUCCCCUCGAGCCAUAGCGUUGCAUUAUGAAUACGGCUAUAUGUUUUGGUCUGAUUGGGGAACGUCAGCGAAAAUUGAAAGAGCCGAUAUGGAUGGCAAAAAUAGGAAAAUUAUCGUGGAUACAGACAUUAAAUGGCCAAAUGGACUCGCAAUUGAUAGGAUCGAAGGUCGUCUUUACUGGAAUGAUGCAAAAGUCUUAACUAUUGAAAGUUCGGAUUUUAAUGGCCACGACCGUCGUACGCUUCUCAGUCAAGUUCCUUAUCCUUACGGUAUUGUGAUAGUCGGUCAACAUAUAUACUGGACUGAUUGGAAAACCAAAUCUCUUCAUAGAGCAGAUAAGUCGAAUGGUCAAGAGCAGUUGACGAUACGGGAAAACCUCGAAGGGCUUAUGGAUAUACGUGCUAUUCAGGGAGAUCAUAUUUUAGAAAACGCCUGCGGAAUAAACAAUGGUGGGUGUUCUCAUCUCUGUUUAAGAUCACCUCAAGGAUAUACUUGUGCGUGUCCUACAGGGCUAUCAUUCGAAAAUGAAACAGAAUACAAUCCGAAAAUAUGUAAGAAACACCCAGAAAAUUUCUUAGUAUUCGCUGCUAGAGGGAGCAUCGCAAUGAUUUCUUUGGACACGCCGGAACAAUGGGACGUAACACUCCCUGUGAAACAUAUCCAAAACUCAGUCGCAGUCGAUUACCAUUGGGAGAAAAAAAUUGUAUUCUUCACUGAUGUAAAUAAAAAUGUUAUAAGAUCAAUCAGUAUGGAAGACAUGCGAGAGUCUAAAAUAGUUAUAGAUACAGGACUCGAUACACCUAAUGGUCUUGCAGUGGACUGGAUUGCUAAUAAUAUUUACUGGUCGGAUAAUGAAUAUAAGGUUAUUGAAGUUGCAAGGAUUGAUGGGACCUGUAGAAAAACGUUGAUACCUGGAUUAACGGAGCCCAGGGCAAUCGCGGUAUUUCCAGCUAAAGGGUAUUUGUACUGGAGCGAUUGGGGUGAAAGUCCUAACAUUGAAAGGUCGGUUUUGGACGGCAGCCAAAGAAAAGUUCUUGUGGAUCAUGACCUAGGCUUCCCGAAUGGCAUCACUAUAGACUAUAAAGAUAGAAGAUUGUAUUGGACUGAUGCUUUAAAAGAUAGAAUUGAUACAUCUGACUUAAAUGGCCAACAUAGGGUACAGUUAGUUCCAGAAGCUAAAAAUCCUUUCGGAAUGACUCAAUUUAAUGAGUAUAUAUACUGGACUGAUUGGUAUAAAAAGUCAAUUAUGAGAGCUGACAAGAGAACAGGAAAGAACGUGACUGCUAUACGAACUGAUUUGGAAAUGGUAAUGGAAAUUAAAGCAGUGUCGUCUGAAAAACAACACGGAUGGAAUCCUUGCAAGGAAGAUAAUGGUGGAUGUUCUCAUCUCUGCUUGUUUAGAGGUCACGACUAUGUAUGUGCUUGUCCAGACGCAUUCGGUGAAAAAACAUGCUCAACUACACCAAAACUUCGUGUAGGCUUGCGAAUGCCAUCUCAUUAUCCAGCAUUCUACGACUAUGCUGAUGUUGAGAUCAAUAACAACAUGGCGCCAACUCCUACCGCCGCUCCUAAAACUAUCAUCGGAGCUAUUAUCAUCGGACUAGCAACAACUAUUUUUAUUAUAAUACUCAUUAUGGUAGCACUAAUUGUCUGCAUUAAAAUGCGUAAAGAUCGUGGAGGCGAGCUGAAAGAAAACUACAGGGAAUCGAGCGGCCAUAUCUCCUUCCACAAUCCCAACUAUAGCUGCUCCACCACAGGUGAACCCAUGGAACGGAGGCAGAACCGCUUCCAGGGAAUAUUCAAGUACGACAAAAGCCAGGGUCGCGUAACGAAUGUAUACAUGCCAGAGGGGACGAGCUUGUUACCACCGCCCCCUCCUCCCCCACACCGUUUGCCCCCCAGACCAGCGAGCGACGACUUCGAACCCGUCACUUUACAUCCAUUCUCUUAAAUGACAUAUGACAUGACAAUUAACUAAUUACCUGCAAUACGAUUACAUUAGAAAACGUGAAAAUUCCAUAAAAAAAGUUGUUACAUAUGAGUCUCGCCUCGCGGUAUCAGCUUUGCUACUACAUUUCAUAAUUGAAUCGCAUCACGUUUUCAAAUAUCAGUCGAAUUAGUACUGGUAGCUAGCGGUAGAGGUCAGCAUAACAUUGUAGAGUAGAUGUACCGUCUACUAUUGUUGAAAUGCAAACAACACUGUAAGAUGAUAUUGAAGAAUAUUAUUACAAUACGACUAUAUAAUAUACUAUAGUAACAACCUAAGUAUAUUAAGGUAUAUCAAGAUUACCAAUUCUAAUAUCAUGAAAGAGUGACUAAAACAUAAAAUGUUGAGUUUUUGACACUCUUACCGCCGGAUUCUGAAAUGAUGAGCAAAUUUAGAUUGAUUAAUCUGAAUAAAUACUGAACGCUGAUUGUUCGCUUAUCGCGUCAUGGACUACCACCGACCAAUCACCAUUCAGUCUAAUGUUAAAUAACAUAUUUUCGGUUUCGGUUUAAUAUAAAAGUAAAUCUGAUAUUGAUCAGCGUUUCAGAGACUGGACGUUAAUAUGCCUUAAGACUAAGAAAUAUAAUUUUUCAUAUAAUCAUCUUCGGGGCAUUAUGCUGCGAAAAGGUAAUUAUAUGAAUAGAGUUGUAAUAAAUUAUAAGAUAUAUCAUUAAUAAUAGCUAAAAUGGUAAUGAUACGGGAUAACAACGUUUAAUAUUUUGGAAUAUGUAUAAAUAAAGUCAUUAUUAAGUCAAUUCACAGAAGUAAAAUAUCUUGCAAUACAGUAUGCGAUUAUAGUGUAGUUAAGGCUACCGCCCAUUUUUACAUAGAUAUAUAAUACCAAAAUUCGGUACUAGAGAUUUCAUUAAAUAUUAUGUCUCCUAUUACACCCGAGCAGAUAUUGUCUGCUAGAUUCCGCUUUCAAUGUUUUUAAAGAUGAAUAUAACUAAACAUAAUGCAAUAUUUAAAUUCACUCAGGAAGUAGACAAAGAUAACAUUAAAAUGUGUAGAUAUAAGGAAAUCUUCGUAUUAUUUUUGUAUAUGUCGACUUUAAAUCGCUUUCCCCAUGGCUCAGGGGAAACGAUGCAAAGACGACAGUUGUUAGAACACCGUGUUAUAAUCACAAUUAUAAUAUAUAUACAUAUAUAUGAAUAUAAGUUUAAGAGGUUUGGGAUAGGAGCGACUUUUGUUUUACGUCAGAUUUCGCGUGUACCGUAUCCUUCUGUCAAUAAAGGUCACUUUUAUAUUCAAAUAACAUGGUUUAGUUCCAUAAUUUAUAUAAAAAGUACGAUAUUAGAUUUAAUUCACCACGAUAAUAUGGUGACAAUAAGAGAAAUGUAAAUAAUUAGUUCUAAUCAUGACUUUUUGUCUAACCGGUUUGUAUAUAAUAGUUUAUUUUUAUCACGUUAAAGUGAAUAUUACUUUAUUUCGAAUUAAAAUGGCUAGCUGGAGGGCUGCCACUAAUUUGUAUAAUCCGUUUCGAAUUUAUUUGUAAAAAUAAAAAUAACAUAUUUUUACCCAAUAAAAAUAUAAGUACUCGGAGAUUAUUUUAUGUAAAAAUACGGUUUAAAAUGUCAUAACCUUCGUACAAAUUCUGUUGAAAUGGAUUAUACAUCUCAUAUCAACAAUUUUUCUUUAUUAGAAUAAUUAGAAUUGUAUAUGAAAUCAGUUGAUGUUACUAAAUGUGAGAUUGCUUUAAAAUUGAUAUGAAAAUCAGCUAUCGGAAAUAUAUUAUAUCUGUUUAUAAGGAAUACUUUUUGGAUUUCACAAUAAUCAUUGUCGACAUUGCGCGACGCUCAUUACACAGGGUGUUUUAAUCUAAGGUAGAGUUAGGACGGGAGUCAACAGGUACAGUGGCCCGAGUGUACGAUUUACGCACAUUUAAUAUAAUUAUUAAUUUUUUUAUACGAGAUCUUUAGAUCUCUGAGCAGAGGAGUAAUAAUUAAUGAACAAUCGUUAGAUCACAAAAACAGCAGGUGAUUGAGACUUACGUAAAAAUUCUGCUAAGUUUAUUCAAUGAUCAAUUUAUUUUCGAUAGCAGGUAACGCAAAAAACUAACUUUUUUUAUUUCAAAUAUAGUACACUCCUAUGUAAUAAUGAAUUCGCUGUCGUGGAUACUCUUUACUUUUAAGGUUACGCAAAUAUUUAUUUUUUGAUUUUCAGCGUAUACUUACACUCGGGGUACAGAUAACAAAACUAUACCGAUUAAUUGUUUUAAAUCAAAAGAUCAACCUUACAUUAUUUUAUACUAUUUUUGUGAUAUUUUUUUCUAUUUUUUUAUUUUUUAAUCAAGCGAUUUAAUUUGCCUGAAAUACUUUAGAUAUAAGAAAUAGAUAUAAACUAUAAUAAUUUAGUUAAAAUCGAACAGAAGCGAUUGAAGUGUAAAAAUCGGAAUGUUGUUUUUUUACUUUAACAGAAUGUUCUCAAUAGUAAUAUUUAUAUAGGAAUACGUAUAUAUACAUAAAAAUAUGUGAGAAUUAAAUUCUCUUCUAAGUAUUUCAUUUAAAAAUGGUAUUACUCGAUUUGAAGCAAAUGUAAGUUUCAUUAGUAUGACUAAAACUGAAUCACAAAAAAAAUCUUCAUCCUAUUUACUCUGUUAUGUAUUUUGUUAUUUAUUCAAAGUUUAUAGAUGUAACGCGGGCCAUUGAUUUAUUGAAGGUUUCGGAAGUGCUCUCGUGUUCGAUGAUUACUUGGUAUUUAAAUAUGUAAACAUUGCAAGAAAAUCUAAAAAUGUGUACAUAUGUACAUAUCAGGCAAUUCAAAGUUCAGCGAGUGUGAGGUAGGUAGGCCAUUAUUUAAGUAUUAACUAUGCAAAUUAAUAUUUUUUUUAUUACCUAACUGUCUCGGUGUGAAUGUUUUGGAAGAACAUAGCGAGUUAAAGCUACAGAUCUCGCAAACAUGUUAAGAAAGCCAAGAUACAACGAUAACAUUCCUUAUGCCUUAUAAUUUGCAAAAUGUAGUGAAAUAUUGUAGCUAUAGAUUAGUUUCCAAUUAUAAUAAGUUCCACGUUCCAAGAGGCGUUUGUCUCUUAAGUAUUAAGAAUUUCAAUUAAAUUUUAAGACAGGUUAUAUUUUGUUUGGACAUGGGGUAUAGGAUACAUUCGCACGCUUAAGCAAAUAGCACUAUAUUUUAUGGGUAUCUUAUUUUUUAACAAUAAACAAAAAAAUCUAUGCUUUUAAUCAGUUUUUUAAAUCGUAAAUUAGAUAUACAUCCUUUUUAUGGAUGUCCUCAUUUACUUUGCAAGCGUAGUUAAUAAGGGAAAGAACGUUGAGUGCUGUGAUACAGAUGCUUUGAAGCUAUCGAGUGAAAAAUAUUUACCUGUGAAUUGAAGACCUAAGUGGAUAAAGGUGUUAUGUCGCAUUUUUAAACUUUUAGAAUUCAUUACAUCAAUGAACGUUUUAAGUCAAUAUUCACAUAAUAGUACCUUCAUGGCCUAUAUAUAUGUACAAGAGUAAUUAAUCAACUCAAAAACAGAAAACUGCAAAUUAAUUAAUAUCAUUGUUCUGUUUCAUGACACCUACUUAUGCCUUCAAUUAUUUUUUCAAUGAAAUAAUUUUAUGAUUAUUUCCUUUAAAAUUGGUAUGAAUGUUGCCAGUUAAGGUGCUUAAUGCGCACAUAUUUUUUUUUCAUUUUUCAUAAUUAGAAUUAAAAUUCGUAUGUUAAUGCGUACAUGCCAAAUUCGAUGAAUGUUUUAAUUAUUUUAUAUAAGUAUAAUUUUAAAUUAUAUUAAUAAGGAUAAGAUAAUAAAAACAGUUUUUACACCU